AUGACACCCUCUGUGAUGACAUUAAUAAUUCCACUUAACAAUUUAAUUGACUCAGCGCAAUCAUCUUAUUACACUACGGUUAUCAGUGAUUUCUCAGGCGAUCAGAGGAUGUUAUUUAGAACUGUUCACAAAUUACUUCAGAAACAGAAAGUACAACAAUAUCCUUCCUGUUUUCCUGAUUCCACCAGACUUGCGGAUGCAUUCAACAAUUUUUUCAUCAGUAAAAUUGACAAGAUACACAAUGCAUUUAUCGAGAGAGCUCCUGAGAAUGACCUCAGUUCAUCUCAUACUACUGACAGACCUCUGUGCGAUGUGCAGAUUCACAACUUUCAACAAGUUACUUUGGAUAUGGUAAAGAAAUUUGCUGUGAAGACAUUAACAAAAUCAUGUGACCUUGAUCUACUUCCAGCAUCUGUUCUAAAAAAAUGCUUUCCCAUCAUCCUACCUACACCAACCUCGAUUGUAAACAUGUCCCUCAAGAAUGGUGUGAUGCCAUAUGCUUUGAAAGUUGCGGUAUUAAAACCGCUUCUCAAGAAACAAGAUGCUGAUUUUGAGCAAUAAAAAAAUUUCCGCCCAAUCUCAAAUCUAACAUUUGUGUCCAAGCUAAUAGAGAAGGCUGUUGCUUUGCAAUUAAACGACCAUAUACUGAGGCGUUAUCUUGACGAGACAUUUCAGUCUGCCUAUAAAGCAUUUCACAGUACAUAA